AAAAAAAAAACCGACGACACCUGGCGACCCGGCAAUUCUCCUGCCAACCCAUCCCCAGAAAAAAAAAAAAAAAAAAACGAGAGAAAAAAAAAACUCACACCCUUAACAUCCGGCGCUUAUAGUGACCUUGAGAAUUAUCCCUCCCUGUAUCCGACGCGCUUAUCUUCAAAGACGACAACGGCGUGAAAUUUUGCAAUCGAGCUUUUCACCUGCCGCCAUAGCCCGAUCCCGUACAAAGGCAAAAAAAAAAUUUGACGCGACAAGUCCCGUAAACACCGGGCCCCAAACAACGCAAGUCAGCUUCAAUUCCAGAAGCCCACCGUCGUCAGCCGCUGCACCACAAAGUAGCAAAGACUCCCCCCACACCAGCACUGUUGCCUUCGCCGGCUUCAGCUUUUUUCGACGACGCAAUCCCAAAGCGAUUUUCCCGCCGAGCGCGCAUCAUCGAUUAUUUGCAUCCUAGGAGGGGACAACGAAUCCUCACGGUUUUUAUCGCGGCAACAGCAACAAAUAGCAGCUUCUACCGUCGCAGCCCGUUGGAGGUGUUCUGCAUCUUGAGGCCUUCGUGAGCCGCACCCCAGGGACUUUAGUCUCGACCAUUGCUCGCGGCCGGCCGAUUGACAGAGAGGGUGUGUUUGGUGAAGAGAGAAGAACCGAUACUGACACACUCGUGCGGAUCACUCCGACCGAGGCUGCCGUCUGUAAAAGCGGCACUUAAAUUUCCCCAGACCUACGACCACCCGCCAGCUCAGUGGUCGGCGUGAACAUCGAAAUGGCGGAUCAACACGACGUCGACCUCGACUCGAUUAUCGACCGUCUGCUCGAGGUCCGAGGCAGCCGCCCGGGAAAGCAAGUCCAGCUUCUCGAAGCUGAGAUUAGAUACCUGUGCACCAAGGCCCGGGAGAUUUUUAUCUCACAGCCUAUCCUGCUUGAACUCGAAGCUCCUAUCAAGAUUUGCGGCGAUAUACACGGGCAGUACUAUGACUUGCUGAGACUUUUUGAGUACGGCGGUUUCCCCCCGGAAGCCAACUACCUGUUCCUCGGUGACUACGUUGAUCGUGGCAAGCAGUCCCUGGAGACUAUUUGCCUUUUGCUCGCGUACAAGAUCAAGUACCCGGAAAACUUCUUCAUCCUGCGCGGCAACCACGAGUGUGCCUCAAUCAAUCGUAUCUACGGCUUUUACGAUGAGUGCAAGCGUCGGUAUAACAUCAAGUUAUGGAAGACAUUCACCGACUGCUUCAACUGCCUCCCGAUCGCUGCCAUCAUUGACGAGAAGAUCUUCACCAUGCAUGGCGGCUUGAGUCCGGACUUGAACUCCAUGGAGCAGAUUCGCCGUGUUAUGCGCCCGACGGACAUCCCCGACUGCGGCCUGCUAUGUGACCUACUUUGGUCCGAUCCUGACAAGGACAUUACUGGCUGGAGCGAGAAUGACCGUGGUGUUUCGUUCACCUUUGGUCCCGACGUUGUUUCGCGAUUCCUGCAGAAACACGACAUGGACUUGAUCUGCCGUGCCCACCAAGUCGUCGAGGACGGAUACGAGUUUUUCUCGAAACGACAACUGGUAACUCUGUUCAGCGCACCCAACUACUGUGGCGAGUUCGACAACGCGGGUGCCAUGAUGUCCGUGGACGAGAGUUUGCUGUGCUCAUUCCAGAUUCUUAAGCCAGCUGAGAAGAAACAAAAGUUCGGACGCGGUCGCUAGUUUGGUGCUCGACGACUCUCAACACGAGGACACCCACACCUCAACGAUAAAAUUUCUCCGUCUUCCACAACGGCCAGCCGUGGGACCUUGGCCAUCUGUCAUCAACUUUUCCUGAACUUGUCUGUUUAACAUCAUUCUUGUUUUUUUGAGACUCGCAACAGGGCCCUGCAUUAAAUCGCCGGUUCCGAUCAGCUUUCCUUGGCGCAUCACGCCCGACUCAACUUUCACAACGUCGAUCUCCCUCUAAUGAGCAACGCAGCCCACGCAUCUGCUGUUGUGCUUGGGCGGAAAGUGUACUGGGUUGCUUUUCUGUCGCAUCCUGUUGCAUUUUUAGUGGCGGAUGGAUGAAACGGAGUCAAUAUACAUGUCGGAAUGGAUUGAAUGUGUUUCCAAGGGGAAAAUCGCCUCUUAUUUACACAGGGUUCCUGCGGUGUCUGGAGGGUACGGGUGGUCGGGAUGCGCCUGGGUGAAUCUUCAGUGAGCAGGAAUAUAGAUAACGAUCCUCCCUUUGAUCAACGACGACGAUUAUGAUUUCCGCUGCAACCCUCGAUCACCAUCAUAACCGAUGAAUAUGCCAAGAUUAAUGGAUCUAUU